CUCUCUCUCUCUCUCUCAAGCCUUUUAGCCUCCCAUUUAUCUUAGCGAGUCAAGCUCUUUCCCAAGCAUUUUCUUACUUCGAUUUUUAUUUUUAUUUAUUUAUAAUUUAAUUCUCUUUUUACAGAGUUGGGGAAAAAUCUUUGAUAAAUCGUCUAAUCCGAAACUUCCUUUCCGAUUUUUCGGAUUUUGAUUUCUUAAAACCAUAUUGCAUGUCUGAUCUGUUUUUACCUUCUUCAUCAAUUUGCUCUGCCAAAAAUCGAGGUCAUCAAUGGCAGUUUUCCUCCUCGUUAUUGAAACACUGGAGAGGCUGAUAUUUUAGAGAAUAUAUGCAUACUUUCAUGAUCAAAUGACCAUGGGUAUCUCAGCUAUGCAAGUAUGUCUAUUCCUCAUCAUUAGUCUUUAUGAAUCUAGUUUGAUGGGCCUCCUCUAGUGUUGGGAAGGGUUUGCAUUCUUAAAAAGCCAUAUGUGUUUCGAGCACAAAGAAGUCAGUAAUGGGGUUGUGGGUGACAAGCAACGUUUGGAGUCCCCGGAGGAAGACGAGGCAAGAGUGAAUGAUGUGAAUCAAGAUGUAAACAAUGGGUUCCAGAUACUGCAACCACAGUCUCAGGGUCCAGUGGUACGUUGGGAUAGGUUUCUUCCCAUCAGAACAUUGAAAGUUCUGCUAGUGGAAAAUGACGAUUCUACACGCCAUAUUGUCAGUGCUCUGCUACGAAAUUGCAGUUAUGAAGUUAAUGCUGCGGCUAAUGGUCUUGAAGCCUGGAGAAUUUUGGAACAUCCAAAUAAUCAGACCGAUAUUGUCCUAACAGAGGUAGUCAUGCCUGUUUUAUCCGGCAUUGGUCUGUUAAGCAAAAUUAUGAGCCACAGAACUCUAAAGAACAUUCCAGUGAUUAUGAUGUCAUCUCAUGAUUCUAUGGGUAUAGUCUUUAAGUGUUUGUCAAAGGGUGCAGUUGAUUUUUUAGUGAAACCUGUUCGCAAGAAUGAACUUAAAAUCCUUUGGCAGCAUGUUUGGAGAAGAUGCCACAGUUCUAGUGGUAGUGGAAGUGAAAGUGGGACUCAAACAAGAAAAUCUACAAAGUCCAAAAGCAAUGAUGAGUCAGAAAAUUAUACUAGCAGCAGUGAUGAGAAUGAUAAUGGGAGUACUGGUCUGAGUAUUCGGGAUGGAAGUGACAAUGGGAGUGGCACUCAGAACUCCAGAGCAGGUCAAGUUGACAGCCCACUGCAGAUGUCAUCUGGGGCAAUGUUGGCUGAUGCUCCUGAUAGCACCUGUGCCCAGGUGAUCCAUCCUAGGCCUGAAAAAUGUAGCAAAAGGUGGGUGGAUUCUAAUGAAGUAAAAUAUUGUCAAGAACAGGAUAAACAACAAGACAAUGUUGCAACUGGGAAAGACUUAGAAAUUGGAGUAUCUAGCAAUCCAGAUUUACGAUGUGAAAAUCAACAGAAGAAAUUAGCUUUCCCUCUAACAAGCAAAACGCAGAGUAAAUUGCCUGAAGUAGAUAGUAAGCCAUUGGAGGAGGGACAGCUGGAUCUCAACAUUGAGAAAAUAAGCAGUGGUGGAAUUGUUAACUGUACCAAACCACAUGAUGAGGGCAGAAUCUUUGACGUUCCGAAUGACAUUUUGGAUAUUUCACAAAUCAGGGCAAGCCGUGAUUCUGGAGAACUACCAUCUCUUGAACUAACCUUGAAGAGGUCCAAAGGAUCAGGGAAUGUUGGAAAUGCUGUAAAUGAUGACUGCAAGGUUUUGAGACAUUCAGAUCUGUCAGCAUUUUCAAAAUACAACACUCUCUCUUCUGCUAAUCAGACUCCAACAGCAAAUGUAGGAAGUUGUUCUCCAUUUGAUAAUAGUUCAGUCGCACCAAAUACAGGACCAAUGUAUGAUUUUCCAUCCCAUUCUAAUGGAACUCCUACCAAUCAGCAGUCUAAUGGGAGUAACAAUGAGGAAGCCAUGGCUUCCACCAAUAAAUAUGUUGUCCCCAAGCUAGAAGCUCUCAAUGACAAGCCAGAGGCCAUAUCAGCUUUCAAAUCUUCAGAGUCUUCUGCCUUUGAACCUGUGCAGAGCGCUUGUCUUCAUUUAGCUUCGCAAGUGAUAACAAGGAACAGUGAUGAUGCAGAAGACAAGCCAGUUGAAACUUUCAGAGGCUCCUAUCAGCAGGUCCGGGUUCAGCAUCACCAUCAUCACCAUCAUUAUUAUCACCAUCAUGUCCACAAUGUGAAGCAACAGCGAGACCAUGAUGAUCUAUCACUGAAAAACUUGGCUGCUGCUGCUCAGCAAUGUGGAUCAUCAAAUAUUUUUGGAGGGCCCAUUGAAAGUCAAGCUGGAAACUGCAGUAUCAAUGGGAGUGCUUCAGGUAGCAAUUAUGGGAGCAACGGACACAAUGGAAGUAGCACUCUCUUGAAUGGUGGAUUGACAAAUGUAGAAAGCGAUAAUGGAGCAGCUGGAAACAGUGGAAAUGGUGGCAUUAGCAGGAGAAACAGUGGAAAUGAAGUAGAAGAAAAUCGGGUAGCACAGAGGGAGGCUGCCUUGACCAAGUUCCGUCAGAAAAGAAAAGAGAGAUGUUUUGAAAAGAAGGUUCGCUACCAUAGCAGGAAGAAGUUAGCAGAGCAGCGUCCUCGAAUUCGUGGACAAUUUGUUCGACAGUCUGACACCAGUGCAGGAAAGGAGUGUCAGAGCGAGGACCUUAUAUCUGGGGAUAAUUCUGGUGAAAGUGUACAAUAGCAGGAGCUGGAAUUCAGAUUCCAAAACCAAUGUUGUUCCAGGUACGUGAUGAAAGUGGAUUUGUGUAAAUGAGCAUAACACUAGCUGUGUACUUAGGAAUGGAGUUUUAAGAUUUGCACUAGAGGGAUUUGUAGGUAGUGGGUGUAAUUGUAGCGUUCCAUAUAUCAAGAUUUAAUUUGAAAACCUUGAAAGUGAUGAUUUUCUACUUUUAAAACUUUUAGACACCAUGUAAGGGAGCUAUCCUUCUACACGGUAGCCUACAUGUUAUAAAUAAUUUUUGUUGUUUUUUUCC